UUUUAACGAUCCUGUUUCUACCCAUAACCCUAAUGUCUAUGAAGAAAUUAAUAAUGAAUUGUAUCUGGAAACAAGCUAUAUAGAAAAUUAUGAAUGUACACUUACAGCAUUACAGCAAGAAUUGGAGGAACAAGAAAAUAAAGAAUGUAUUAUAAUCAAGGAAUUUCAAUGA